AUGGCUUCGUCCAUAACCUCCACAACCACGACCGCUUCGGCUGCUGCGACAGAGCAUUCGCCUACGUCGCCAGCCUCAGUUACGGCCUCUACUGCUGAAUCAGAGGUCUACCGGCCUACACACCCCAUUGCGCACCUCCAGGGCCCCUUCGAAGAGUCCAUCCUCGAGUCCAUCCACGGCUUCAACCAGCGCGUCCUCUCCCCGCCGGAUGCAGUUACCCGGCGCAAGCAGCUUCUCCAGAGCCCUAAGUACCAGCGAUCAUGCUCCGGCAAAUGGCAGCAGCGUGCCGGCGAGAGAUACCAUCCGCUCUGGAAGAUCAUGGCCCAGGUCUCCUUUGGCAUUCACCUACUCGCCACCGGCUCGGCCAGGUCAGAACUCGAGUCCGUCCAGAUCCUGCGAGUACACGUCGCCGAGAUCGAUGGCUUUGUACGCCGCACCAUGGAGGACUACCAGCUCGCCCACGAGGAUCUUACCGCGCGGUUCGAUCUGCUCGCCGUGCCCCUGGCCAAUCUGGACGUGCUCGACUCCAUGCUCGGUGACGAGUCCUUCAAGCUCUUCCUCAUUGACUGUAUCAGCAAGAUAAACCAUGUCGUCCGCCGCUCGGAGAUUGCCCUCCAGGACUCCCUCAAGGAUCUCAGAAAGGCCGCCAUCGCCGUGCGCACUGUCAAGGACUACCUGAAUAUCAUUCCCCAGCACCAACACACAUGGUCCCCAUCCUUCGGGGGCGUCUACGCCGACAUGUUCCAGCGCGUCGGCCUCUGGCUUACCAGUCUGUCGAAUCUCCAGGCCCAGGGUGUCCGCUUGGUCGAGUUCCUCGUCAAUCUCUCCUCUUCUAUCUCCCGGCUACGACUCCGAAUUGGCCUCAACCAGGCUGGCAGCACGCGCUCUGUCACUCUUUCGCCGAAUAUGUUUCCUCCACCGCGGGCCGCGGUCUCCAUGGACAACCUGCAUGAGGCCCACCAGCGAGCCUCCUAUGCUGACAAGCCUCUCCCGGACAUACGGCAGAGAAACCGCUCAAUCCUCUCUCUCAAGCGCUUUGGCGCAAAAUUACAGCACCGAUUCUCCUCCGCUCACCCUUCUUCCGCAACUUUCACCUCCCCUUCUUCAAUAAGCAUACACACCACUACCCCUGACAUUCCAGACCUCCCAGAGCUCGUUGGCUCUCAUCCUUUGCAGCCUCCCAAGAUCCCCGAACUGGUCGGCUCCCCCACAUCUCCAAAUAUUUCCGAACUUCCAGGCUCCUCCCCAACCAAAACCCAGGUGCUCAAGUCAGUCGAGCUCGGCUCAUCCCUGGGCGAGAUCCCGAGAGACAGCAUCGACUCCCGUACCUUCGCAUACGAAAAUGUUGUCUCUCUCCCCGAAUUCGAACGUGGCGCUCCUCUAUCUUACAUCGAAAAACACUUUCCCGAACUAGCCCUUUCAGACAUUCCCAUCCACCAAUGGCCCACCCAAUCCUUCAAACCUCUCCAGCGGCCCCUCACUCCAGCCCAGCUUCCGCGCAGACAAACGACCGCCAAACUAAAGCCGUUCCUACGUGGCCUCUUCUCAAAGUCGUCAUGCGUGCAGCCUACCAUAUCCGAGUCAGGCACGACAGGUGAUUGCUCUGAAAAGUCGCCUGUACCCACUUCUAUCAAUCCUUCGCCCAUACAGAGGGCCAAGAACGAGCCACCAAAUACCUUAUCCUUACGCACAUUGACCAAUAGCGAACCCCGACUGCCGCUUCCUUCUCCGUCCUUAUAUAAUCGAGAUACCAUCAACAGCUACGGCACUCCUUCACGCACGCCUUCUACUGCUUCCCGAGCUACCAUCCUCACUUCGGAUGGAUAG